AUGGCUGCGAAGGGCGCGCACGGCUCCCACCUGAAGAUAGAAAGCGAGCUGGAGCGCUGCCGCGCCGAGGGCCACUGGGACCGCAUGCCUGAGCUGGUCCGGCAUAUGCAGACGCUGGUCGUGCCCAGCGGCGGAGGCAGCCGACGAGCUGUCCCGAGCGCCGUGUUCACCUCCCGGGACACCGAUGACUUUGGAAAAUUGCUCCUGGCCGAAGCCCUCCUGGAGCAGUAUUUAAAAGAAAACAACACCAAGAUAAAAGACUCCAUUCCUUUGCUGGAGAAGAAUGAGCCAAAGAUGAAUGACGCCAGAAGCUAUCUGAGUAGUAUCCUUAACCAUGGGAAGCUGUCCCCACAGUACAUGCGUGAGGCCAUGCUGAUCCUGGGCAAGCUGCAUUACGUGGAGGGCUCAUACCGAGAUGCCAUCAGCAUGUAUGCACGGGCUGGGAUUGAUGACAUGUCUGUGGAGAACAAGCCUCUGUAUCAGAUGCGGCUGCUGGCAGAGGCCUUUGUCAUCAAAGGCCUCUCCCUGGAACGCCUACCCAACUCCAUUGCUUCCCGCCACCGCCUGACUGAGAGGGAGGAGGAAGUGAUCACCUGCUUUGAGAGGGCCUCGUGGAUCGCUCAGGUGUUUCUGCAGGAAUUGGAGAAGAUCACAAAUUACACCACAUCACGGCAUUUGAAAGGUUCUCACCCGGUUGACUAUGAGCUCACCUACUUCCUGGAAGCCGCCCUCCAGAGCGCUUAUGUGACAAACCUGAAGAAGGGGAAUAUCGUGAAAGGCAUGAGAGAGCUCCGGGAGGUCCUACGGACUGUGGAGACCAAAGCAACUCAGAACUUCAAAGUGAUGGCGGCCAAGCACCUGGCAGGGGUCCUGCUGCACUCCCUGAGUGAAGAGUGCUACUGGAGCCCCCUGUCCCACCCUCUGCCCGAGUUUAUGAGCAAGGAGGAGAAUUCCUUCAUCAUGCAAGCCCUGCGGAAACCUCACCUCUACGAAGGCGACAACCUCUACUGCCCGAAGGAUAACAUUGAGGAAGCCCUCCUGCUGCUCCUAAUCAGCGAGUCCAUGGCUGCUCGGGAUGUGGUGCUGAGCCGGGCGCCGGAGCAGAAGGAGGACCGGGCGGUAAGCCUGCAGAAUGCGGCGGCCAUCUACGACCUCCUGAGCAUCACGCUGGGCAGGAGGGGGCAGUACGUCAUGCUCUCAGAGUGCCUGGAGCGAGCCAUGAAGUUUGCGUUUGGCGAAUUUCACCUUUGGUACCAAGUGGCCCUUUCCAUGGUGGCUUGUGGGAAGUCAGCUUACGCUGUGUCGCUGCUACGGGAGUGCGUGAAGCUGCGGCCCUCAGACCCCACCGUGCCCCUGAUGGCCGCCAAGGUCUGCAUCGGGUCCCUGCACUGGCUGGAGGAGGCAGAGCGCUUUGCCAUGAUGGUGAUCGACCUCGGGGAAGAAGCCGGGGAGUUCCUGUCCAAGGGCUACUUGGCGCUGGGUCUCACCUACAGCCUACAGGCCACUGACGCGACUCUGAAAAGCAAGCAGGAUGAAUUGCACCGGAAAGCACUGCAGACACUGGAGAGAGCUCAGCAGCUGGCACCCGGCGACCCCCAGGUCAUCCUCUAUGUCUCCCUGCAGCUGGCCCUUGUCCGACAGAUCUCUAGCGCCAUGGAGCAGCUGCAGGAGGCCCUGAAAGUGUGCAGGGACGAUGCCAAUGCCCUCCACCUGCUGGCACUGCUCUUCUCCGCCCAGAAGCACUACCAGCACGCACUGGAUGUCAUCAACAUGGCCAUCACGGAGUACCCUGAGAACUUCAACCUGAUGUUCACCAAGGUGAAGCUGGAGCAGGUACUGAAAGGCCCAGAGGAAGCCCUCGUGACCUGCAGACAAAUGCUGAGGCUGUGGCAGACCCUGUACAACUUCUCUCAGCUGGGAGGCCUGGAAAAGGAUGGCAGCCUCGGUGAGGGCCUUACACUGAAGAAGCAGAGUGGCAUUCACCUGACUUUGCCCGAUGCCCAUGACGCAGACUCCGGCUCUCGGCGGGCAUCGUCCAUCGCCGCCUCCCGGCUGGAGGAGGCCAUGUCAGAGCUGACCAUGCCCAGCUCGGUCCUGAAGCAGGGCCCCAUGCAGCUGUGGACCACACUGGAACAGAUCUGGCUCCAGGCUGCUGAGCUGUUCAUGGAGCAGAAGCACCUCAAGGAAGCAGGCUUCUGCAUCCAGGAGGCAGCGGGCCUCUUCCCCACCUCGCACUCGGUACUCUACAUGCGGGGCCGGCUGGCUGAGAUGAAGGGCAGCUUGGAAGAAGCCAAGCAGCUGUACAAGGAGGCGCUCACAGUGAACCCCGACGGCGUGCGCAUCAUGCACAGCCUGGCUUUCCAGCUUAGCCCCAUGCGAAUGUUCCGUGUCAGCUGAAGAAAGCCCGCUCAGCGACAUCACAGCCUGGCCCGCGUUCUCCUCCACAUGGCUCCCAGUUGCCUUCCAGUCUGCUCAGCAAAUGUUUGUUUUUUGCAAGGCACAUCCUCCUUCCUCCCACAGUUUAGACAUUAGCUCCUCUGAUGAAUGCCUCCCCAGAGGUCACAUCCAGAAACUUGAUUAGGGAGGUGGGAGGGAGGAUGUGGGUUAUGUCAUUAGGCCAGCAGCCAGGCAGAGAUGUCUGCCUUCCACUGCACUCACGGAUCUGAGCCUGCCGUUCAGACCCUAAAACCCGAGGAAAUCCAAUAACAAGCACAGUUUUGAAGUAACAGUGUACCAUUUUUCAUUUAUGCUUAUUAUCGUCUGUAGCUAUUUCCCUGACAUUGAAGCCGGUUCCAACGGUGGGUUUCCAUGGUAACUAAAGAGCUGUCCAGAGUGGCUCCCUACAGAUGUUUCUGAAACGGUCCCUUUUCUCUUCCGGGGGUGCCUUGCUGAUGUGGUGAGAUUGGAGGAGUCGGAGGCAGGCCUGCCCACUUUUAACGUUACAAGCAACCGGAGGGGCUGUCAGCUCCAGCGUGGGCAGCCCAUCCCCUUUCCACAGGCUCUGUUCCUGCCAGCAUCCCACACACAUGCAUACAGAGUAGCAAAUUUCAAUCCUGGGAAAGAUUUACUAAGCAUUCUCUUCCAAAAGACAUGCGAACACUUGGUGUGUUGAUCUCCAGUGGUCCCUGAUCUAAGUGUCUUCCCUGUGCUCAGAACCAGGACAUCUGGGACCUAAUCCUGGCUCUGACCCUAAUUCACGUGGGUGAUUUAGAAAAAGACACACUUAACUUCCACGCUCCUGAUGUCUCCUUUUGUAAAUGAGUAAUAAUCACCCCUAGGCCAAUGUUCUAAUCAGAUGAGGUGACACAUGUGAAAGUGCUUCUAAAAGUCUGCAGAGCAAUAUCAGAGAAGGCAAGCACAGCGUAUUUGCCACCACUCUGCAGUCCCUCGCCCAUGACACACAUUGCUAAUCAAUCAUGGCUGUUUUUUCCACUGAGCACAGAUGUGACGUUGGACUCUUUUUCAUCACGAGGGGAACUACUACCUGUCAGUCAGCUUGACAGUUUUAUAAGGGACUCAUCGUAAAAAUAGUAGAGAAUGGGAGUGACACAUAAAUCGUCUCAACCUUUGUAAACUCCAGAGGUGGAUGCAUAUGAGACUUAUCCAGGGAAAGGAACGUGAAGGGGAACUGGUGUCCUUUUGUGGAGACAUUGACAAGGAAGGUUCCCAGGGAGGACAUCCUGGCCCCACCACACCACUGUGGCUUUGUGAGUACACUGGCCUCUGGUAGGUACAAGCAUCCCCUGAGGGCACAGCCCCCCCACAGCCUGGCCGGUGGGAGCUCUGGGGCCCUCAGUGAGCUCUCUGAGGUAGUGUUUAAGUUCCACUCCCUGAGGUCUGGAGAGAGGAAGGUGGAGGUAGACUCAGUGAGCUGUGUGGGGGGCCAGGUUCAGACCUACAGUCCUAAGAGCAGAAUCCUCAAACACCAAGAAGCUGGCCUCUGAGCCUCUCUCUGGGGCUAUGUAUGUGGGACAGGAUAUUUGGGGCCAGGUUGGAGAAGGCCUCUGGGAGUGGAAGGCUGUUGCUUUCAGGAGUCCCAGGGUUCAGGCAUUUCUAAGAAUAUGAAUUUUGGCCCAGAAGCAGUUUAUCUAUACUCUCCUGUCCUGCUGCCCUCCUCUCCUGGAUGUGACGAGAGACCUUCCCGUGAAGGCCUCCACCCUGGGCUCGGCUCAGGGAUUUCCACCCAGAUCAGGCAGGAAAGAGAUACCUCCUUGGCAGAAUACCGCCCAGGCAGUCUCCACUGUGCCCACAGCAGUGUCCCAGAGGAGUCUGUGUCCUCAAGCCCUGGUCCUGCAGCUGCCACCCCUACUAGACUCAAGGAAGGCCAGGUUGCUUUGAGAGAGUGCCAAGUGCAGAAGGGGAAAGGCGUGCUCUCUGCAGACAGACGUUCCCAGUGAAAUCUUAGGAGCAGGUCCUGACAGUCUGCCAGCUCUCUCUCAACCUCCUGUCCAGGUAGCCAGAAGCCCCACUCAUUCACAGGCUCAGCCAGAGAAGCGUCCUCAGGCAGCCUAUACCCAUUUCUCUGAGCCUGUCUCUGCCUAGCCCUUCCCAUCCCUCUGUGCCCCCAGGGAGGCGAGAUGCCUGGGGAUGGCAAGGAGCUCAGGUAUGGCUGAUGGACUGGCCAAGUCACUGAAAGCCCCCAAAAGAGGGGGUUCCACUGAGGUCACCUAACCUUAAUGGUAGGAAGAUCACUAGCCCUGGCUACAGACCAACUUGCUGUCCCUGCUCUUCGCUUGGCUGAGCUGGUAGUAUGGAUGCUUUGAUGCAGCCUGGCUCACUACAGAGAAAGCCUCAGCCAUGAGCGGGCAGGUGUGGGUGCCUUCCUGCCUCCUGCCUUUGGAGGCGGCACCCUGCCCUUCUGUCCUGGACACACUCUAUGGGGGGGAUGGUUUCGUGCUCUUCUCUGGCCCCUGCCCCUAGUCAUGCUCUCUUCUUGGGAAAGAGCUCGAGGUUCCUGCUGCCCCAUCUCCCCCUAGAAUCCUUUCCUCCUCAGACACCCAGCAGCAGGGGCAGAGUGUAGUGCAUGAACUUCGGUUCCUGUGAUGUAAUUCCUGGGGAUGGAAUUUCUGAAGCAAUCCUGGUCGCUUGACAUGGCCUCUUCUCUCUCCAGAGGCCCCUGGAAAGGUGGGAAGACAGAGUUUCUGUCCUCGUUUCUCUCUGGUGAGAGCGCGGCCAUGAAUUAUUCUCCUGCAGUUAUUCCCUCCUGCUCCUAGUGUGAAGCUGCUGUUUCAUUCUUUGAGUGGAUUUGGAGGAUCAAGGGCGUGGCCAUCAAGGGGGCCCUGGAGAUUACUUCCCCUCACUGACUCAGUUUUCUAUCAGAUGGGAAUCAUUCAUACCCUUGUGACCUCAAGGAGUAGCUUUACCCUUGUGACCUCAAGGAGUAGUUUUAGGGCUCAGAUGAAUGAGACCUGUGAAAAGAUAAGUUAACAUUAGGCAUUUUUGUUACCAUUUUUGUGGAAGACUCGGUGGCAAGUGGCCUGAUCCCACCUUUGACCAGACUGCUUGACCUUGCUGCUAUGGGGUGGGCAUCUUUGGCACAAAUUUCCUUGUGCUGCCAAGUGGCCCAUGGCAUCAGCAGGGUACCGAAAGGUGGGUUCAGGGACCAGGGACUUCAGAGCUGCCUUUGGGAUUGCCUCUGGGGCUGGUUGGCUGGAACAGUUUUUAAGCCCCAGUAUCAGAGCUGGCUUGAGCCUAGAAGUUGGAACAUAGCCUUCGAGUCUGACUGACCUGGACUUGAGUCCUUUUUUGCCUAUACUUGCUGUUUAACCUUGGCCAAGUUCCUCAGCCUCUUAGAAGUUCAGUGUCCUUGUUGUAAAAUGGGAACCAUGACGCCAAGCACCUAGGGCUCCUGUUAGAAUUAGGUUAAAUGACCCUAUAAGUUAAUGGUCCUGUAGUUGGGGUUACUUGUAUUUUUUUUUCAUUUAGAAGCGUGUCUCCCAGGCGAGGUUCAGAUGCUCUUGGUUUGCAGAGAGAAGUGGAAGCCAAGAGCUAAGCCCCAGAGACUCGUUGCGGCAAAGCUGCUUAGUCCUCACUGAGCCCACCAGGUGACUCUGCCCAGGGCACAGAUGCACAGGACAUGGGUCCCAACGGCCCUGCGGCUGUGACAAGAGUGUACACGGUACAAGGCCCAGCUGACAUUAGCUGAGAGUAAGGGCGGCCUAUUCAGUAAGCGAGAGUCUGAGCUGAGGGAUGAGGGGGAUUUGAGACCUGGUUUUUUAGUCUUGUAUGUUGGCUGAGACUCUUCAGCUAAAGAGGCAUUGCGGGGCCCUGAGGCUGUGGGAGAGGAGCAGGGGAGAGGAGGCCCUGCUCAGCCCUGCCCUCCGGCCCAUAGUCAUACCAGCUGGUUCAGCCUCUGCUCCCCAACUCUAAGGAAGAAAGGCAUCCUGAGCAGCUGAGAAGUGAAACUCAGUGCUGAGCCUUCUGGAAGUUCCCUGACUCUGGGCGAGGUUGCGGUGUACAGAACAGCAGGAUCUCUGGUUCCUGGGUCCCUAUCCCUCGGGACCCAGGAUGCCCCAUCUACCCUGGGGCCGCCCUUCUUGUCAGCGGCAGGAGCAGUGGCAGGUAGCUUAGAGGGUCCAGGCAGCCUGAGGGAAUGGGAGGACGCAGAAGUACUGCACUCUGCUGUGUGUUCUCCACACGCAUGCUGAGCCCCUCGUCAGUGGAGUCUGUCUGCCCUACCAGCCCCAGCACAUGGAGAAUAUUGCCUUCGUUUGACAGAAAAGUUCAAUAGGAGGGUUGUUGGUCAUUUGACCUCCUAGAGAGGUGAUUUUAUUGUAAGUUCCGUCUUUCCUUUGCCUCCCCAGUGCUGCCUGAGGUAUGUAGUCCCUGAUGAAAAAGUGAAGGAAGAGGGGGGAAGAGAGAGUUCUGGGCUCACCAUGUGGAGAGUUGGGGGUACAAGGCCAUCACUGGCCUCACUGGUGUUUGGAGGCCCCUGCCCUCCCCACCUCACCCUCAGCCCAGGCUCAGAGACCCUCCAGAAGAUGAGGAUGGUUCCCCUGGCUCUGGCUCAGGAUUUUGGAAAGCCUUAGCCUGGUGCGUGGGCUCCUCAAGUCCCUGCCAACCCUGACGAGGAAGUGGAAAGGAAGCUUUCUGUCAGCCUGUCACUGAUUCAGAUCAGAACGUUAGUUAAGCACUGUUGGCUUAGUUUAGCCCCAGCAUCAAUGGUCUGAAAGACUCACUGUGUCUGGAGGGUGCAGCAGGGUCCCGCCCUUUCCUCCUUGUCCAUAGGCAGGCACCACCCCACUCCCACCCACACAGGCCAUCACCACCCUCUGAGGCUCGGCCUUCUGGUCUUAGAGGGGGGCUUCUGCAAUGGGCCCCCUCAGGGUUAAGUUAGGGGUUAAGUCAUGUCCAGGGUGGGCUGAGCCCCCAGCCCAGAACCUGAAACCAGCCCAGAAAACAGGAGGAAAGGCUCCACCCCCUGCCUAGAGGCGGGUCUGGCAGAGGAGCCCCCAGGGUAUGACUUGUCCUCUUGUCAAGUCAGCGCUUAUCCUGGAGCCUGGCCUGGGGCCCCCUGAGGACAGACACCCAUCCCGGAGGAGAAGCCCACUGCUGCUCUUUUACAUCUCCCUUCUGGAGUCCCCAGGCGUGGGUGCUGCCACACACAGAGCACAGCCACGUCUCCGCUACCCCAGAAGGCCCCCACCUAGGCUGGGCUCUGAGUGAGUGUGGGUGCUCCCUCAUCAGAGGCCUCUUCCUAUGAGAGUCUGAGGGUGCUCUGAGGACACUGGUCAGCCAGGCAUUGGAUGGGGUCUAGAAGGAUUUGUGUCCCUUCUCCCAACAGGGAAGUAGGACCAACCUGUGGGUGUGGGGCCACCCAAGUUCCAUGAUGGAUGUGGUGAUGUCUGGGCUGGGUUCUCAGCCUGAAGAGACACCUCAUUCCCAGUCUGGUUGGACAGGUUGAGGCUGACACACCUGGGAGAAUCCAGCAUGCCGGAAUGUGGGCCUCCCUCGACGGGCGUGUCAGCACCCCAGGAUGGAUGAAGGGAGGGAGCCUUCCUGUGGAGCAACCUCAGAGGUGCCCCCCUACUCACAGGCUCCUCUCUGCAGCCCCAGGUCCCCAAGCAGGAGGCUCCAGGGACCAGGAGGCUCCAGCAGCCUCCAGCUGAUUCCCGGCUUCCCAGCUGGAAAGGCUGACAGAAUCCCAGGAAUGUGCCUUGAGCUCAGAAAGAAAAUUCCCAAAAUAACUUCUAUAAAUACUUGAGGGUAGGGGCGGGUCAGAACGCUCAGCUCUCAGCCUGGCCUGCAGCUGGCCUAGCACUAGGGGCUAACUUCCCAGGGCAGGCAUCCCCCCAAAAGAGGAAAAAGACACUCACAGCCGGGACUUUCCUGCUGCCCCUCCCUUCUAGGGGACAGUGCAGGCACUGAAUUAAUGAGGUGAGAUGGUAUGCAGUGGCAAUUCUGAAAAAUAAGACAGAAUCCUUCAUCCCCACCCUGUACCUCCAUAGAAAACCUGGGCUCCUAACAGGGAGAGACCCUCUGAGGGACCCUCAGGCUGCCUGUCCUUGUAGCCAUAAGCAGGCUACUAAGCAUACCUAAGUGCCUCUGGUGUACCUGGCUCUGAGCCCAGACUCUCCCACCCGAGUUCUGUUGAGCUGCUGUCCGGUGGGGAAUGGCCAAGCAGGGAGGAGCCAGGGACCUGUCCCUCUCAGCCUAGGGAGGGGCAGAGCAGGGAUCCUAUAGGUCAGCCCACAGUAAUGGAGCAUGAUGUUAAGGUAAUGGUGUGGGCAGGAGGGACUGCUGUCCUCUGGGAAGGCCUGAGACCCAGGAAGGGAAGGAGGAAGGAAUGGAUGAAGUCGGGAAUUUCUGGGACUUCCCCCAGAGCCUGCCUCUCUGUGAGUGGCUGUAAUUAACCCUGGCACCUCUCACAGGCACAGCGCUCCUCACCACACACAACUUGCACCGCCCUUUCUGAUCCCUGUGCGUGGGCAGCACAGCUCUGGCCUCUCCCAGGUGAGGGUCACUCAACAGGUCUGUUUUUUCUGGGUUCAGGAUAGGGAGGAGUCAGCAGGGAUAUUUGGAUGGAAUUGUGUUCCAACCAUCUCCCUGGAGCCCAGUUCUCUGGGCAGCUAGGGGUGGGGGUACCAGAAGGGUGACGGCGGGCCCUCAGCAGUGCUGGGCUGGGGGCAGAGCAGGUGAGACCUUGAGUCUUCCUGGGGCACACCCUGCCCAGUUGUUAGGCAGCAAACAGCUCCGAGUUGCUACCAAACAUGAACGGGCUGGUGUCUUAGGCAGGUGGCCGCAGAUCCUGUUACAGGCCCUGGGCCUCUGGGCCCCAGCCUGACCCCAGCCCGGUGUCUCCUUUCAGGCUCUAAGGUCAGCACCCCAGGGUGGGAGGGACACGAUCCAAUCCCAGCCCUGCACACAGUCUUCCCCCACAGAGAGCCCUGCCCUCUAGAGAAAUCAGUUCUUCCACCCACUCCUUGCCCCCCUCCCAGGACCCUCUGCUCAUCCAGGGGACCCUUCCAUUGGCUGUCUGCACACCUUGUGCCCUGCUACUGAUUUCAAAUUCAUCGUUGUAGAAUCCUCAUGAUAGUCUACAAGGAAGGACUCUUCUGUUCUCUGGUUUACAGAUGAGGAAACCUCAGCUCAGAGAAAAUGGGCCGCUUGCCCGGGGUCACUGCCCUUGUCAGUGGCAGAGCUGGGAUUCUGGUGGCUGUGGAGCCCUGGGCUUGUCCUCCGCACAGAGCAUGCAGAGGGGCCUACUGCAAACCCUCCAUAGUGAGAAUAACACACACACACACGUGCACAUGCAUGUAUGCACACACAUGCAUGCACUCCCUGUUCAGCCCGCAGACAUCUGGCCCCUUCCCAAACACCCACAUGCUUCUUGAGAUCAGAGGUUUUCGAACAUGUUUUUUGAUGGAGUCCUCUUCAAAGACUCAUGAGAUAGCUCAAUAUAGAAAUCUGUGUGUGUAAAAGCCGCUGCGGCCCCGCCCCCUCUCUGGGAGGUCCUGCUGGCCUUCCCCAUCUGUCCUCUAUCGCUCCCCCAUGGGCAGCACUCACAGGGCUCAAACCUUCCAUUUUUGGUGCUUAAUUUUGGUGUUUGGAGGCCUGUCGUCUCGCCUUUCCUUCCCUCCUCCCUGUUGGCCCUGUUCCAUUGUGAGCUGCUCAGGGUCCAGCUCCCAGGCCCUGUGGGCAGAAUGGCUUGGCCUGGAGCCCUGCUGGCCAGACUGGGCACGGCCCUGUGGUGCAGGGCAGCCCUGAGUCAGCACCGCUCCCAUCUGGCCAGAGCCGGAGCCCUGCCUCAGGCUCCACCUGGCCACGGCUCCCCUGUCCUCCCUUGUCCUCUGCCCCAUAUCCCUGGUUCCCUGCAGAUGGCUUCACCCUGGGUUGAGGAGACUGUGAAUACAGCUCCCUCUUUCUUAACCACCCCUUGGCCACAGGACCACCAGCCAGUACCGCCAGAGAGGGAGAGGCUUUCCCUAGGGCUUCCUGAGCACCAUCUUUCUCACUUGCCUAAUUGGUCAUGUUCCAGGCUCUUGGAGGACUUUAUGAAAUCAGGCAUGUGCAUCUUCCCCAGUGUGUCUCCAUAGCAACAGAGGGCCUAACUCGGGAGUGCGGUGAGGAGGAAAAUGUUCCAGCUAAAAAUGUACAUGGCCAUCAGUGGGCGGGCACCCGAGUGGGGGCUCCCGGCGCAUAGAAGGCAGCCUCCCCUGCCUGUCCAGGAAGUCAGUGUUGCUCAUGCUUUACCUCAUAUAUCUUUGAACAAGAGGAGGCCCCCCUGGGCUGCCAUCCCAUGCCGCCUUUGAGGGCCGGAACGCAGAUCAGUGGGGUGGUAUGGUGCAAAGCAGCCUUUCUGGGACCAGAGGCCACCACCCUGUCCGCCUUCCUCCCCACACCCUUCCCAGUGUGGGUGGAAGUGGACGUAGAGGGGCAGGCUGCCAGUUUCACUUCCUAACCCCUUUUUGUGACAAUUCCUUUUACUUCCUAUAUCUCUCUGGCAAUGGGGUUGUUGGAGCCAAAUAUGAAGCGAAGCUCCUGGCCACCCUGUCCCAGAGUCCCCCGCUUACCCAGCAUCUGUCCCUUGUCCCCAGUCAUCUGACUGUCUUCCUGAGACCCUCACCUGCCAGGCCAGGCUGGGAUGGGUGUUAGGUCCCAGAACCCAGAUGUCCCCAGGAAGACCAGUUGCCAAUGCAGGCAAAGGAGCUGCCCCUACCCAUCCCCUCAGUUAGAGAACCGAGCCUGCAGCAUAUAUUCCUCAGUCUCACAGCAGCCCUGGGGAGAAGGGCAGCUCAGCAGUGCAGCAGCAAGGCUGGGAGCAACAGACCCACUGACAGACUCGCACGGGCCAGAUGCUGUUCAAGUGCUUUACAAUAGACUGAUUCGUGUAAACUUCACAGCUUUCAAGGCAGCUACUGUGAUCUUUCCUAUUUAUAGAUGAAGAAACUGAGGGCCAGAGAGUGGUGGCUUGCCCAGGAUCACCCAGCUGAUGCUGGGGAGACUCAAAGCCAGGUCUGCUGACUUGAAAGCCCAUCCCUUGGGGCCAGAAGUGGGGCACAGCUCCCACAGUGGGUGAUUUCGGAGGCUGGACUUGAAGCAGGUUUGGGGUGGGGACAGGUAAGAUUUGCAUUAGUCAAGGGCACGGUCACUUAACCAUACCCAAGCCUGAGACACCAAACCUGAGGCCCUCUCUGGCUGGUAGCUGGUGGCCAAGCUGCUUCCUGCUCCUCGCCCCAAUGGCCAGAAUGCCCCUGCCCUAGGGCAUCCUCACUAAUCAUCGCCCCCACC